CUUUUUGAACGAAUCGUUAACGAACGACCCAUCACUAUUCCAAAUGGUUUUUUAUAAUGUACGAUCACUAUGAUGAUAUUACUAAUUUAAAAUUGUAUUGUCAUGCAGAGUUUGACUUGAUGUGUAACAUAAUUACCAGAAAUAUUUUCAUGCAAAUAUUUUUAAUUCGCUUCGUACGAUAUUGUGGCGUUUUAAGUGAGCUGAUUGUAACAAAUUCAGCAUUAUCAGGGAAAACAUUUCUUCAGGUAAAGCAGAAAAAAUUAUUUCUACAAACAAUGAAACAAGUGUUUGUUGGUAAGGGUGAUAGAUUUGGUGGUGUAACAGUUGAUUCCAAAACAGAGACUUGUACUGGAGCUGAGCUUGAAGAAAAGCUUCUGGCAUCAUUAAAUGAAUGGAAGGAAAAAAAUGCUCGUGGAAUAUGGUUCAAAGUAUUCCUGGAACAUUCAGAAUGGGUACCAAUUCUAACAAAGAACGGGUUUGUGUUCCACCACGCAAAACCAGAGUACGUGAUGAUGUGCAGGUGGCUCCCAGAGACGGAAGCCAACAACAUCCCUCGCUUCGCCCACACCAUGAUCGGUGUGGGCGCGGUGGUCGCAAACAGCGAGCGCCAGAUCCUGGUGGUGAGGGAGAAGUACUACGCGGACAAGCCCCACUGGAAGUUGCCGGGAGGCUACGUCGAACAGGGGGAAGAUCUCGCUGAUGCAGCUGUUCGUGAGGUGAUGGAAGAGACUGGUAUCUCUUCGCAGUUUCGGUUUUUGGUCGCCUUUCGGCACACGCAAGGAAUCAACUUUGACUGCUCGGACAUAUACUUCAUUGUGUGCCUGAAGCCUCUGUCAAAUGAAAUAAAAAUGUGCGAGAGAGAGAUCGCUGCUUGCCAGUGGAUGAAGAUCGAGGACUUCUUGAAAAGUUCGUAUGUUCACGAGACUAACAAAUUUUUCGUACAACAGUACCUGAAGUGCUUGGAAUUGGGAUGCUCUAUAACCUAUAAAUGCACAACGCAUCCUAUCCUGAAAAGGGUUCAGGCACUAUACAAUGUCUCUGAUGAACAUAUGACCAGUGAAAAACAGGCAACUGAGGACAGCUGACCCUAGUACCUGGAUGCACCACUUCAGUCAAAAUGUUAGUUAUUGUUAUUAUUAUUAUAUAAAGUUUAUGGCAGGACAUGUAAUUGGGGUUGUAAAUAAUUUGUAUUGUCCUUAAUCUGUAUAAAAAAGCUUUUAUUUUAUUGCUUUGCAAUUAGAAGAUAACGGUUAAUACAAAACUAUAGUGACGUAUUAAUAAAUUUGGAACACUUACAUCAGUAGCUGUUUCGGCCAAAGAAUCAUUGUUGAAAAACCCAUCUUUGCUGCCCUGAAUACUGUACCUUUCACCUAGAAAAAAAAUACCAGACUGUUGUAGCAGUUUAGCGUAAAAUUGAUAUAAAAAAUAUUGAGUGAAACUGAAAAUGGGUGUUUAAAAUAUGCAUCCAAUGAUAAAACUUAAAUUCUUAAGCAGCAGAAAUCCUGAGUCUUUACAAUUAUGUAUUAAAGUUUUCCUGGGACACUUUAAUUUCUACUAUUAAUUUUUUCAGUCAUUUUUUUUUUCAUACUAUGAAGGUAUGAAUUAUUGAAAUAAAUACAUUUGUAACAGCAUAACUUGUGCAUUAUCUGACACAUGGCCCUUUAAACACAUUUUUAUUUUGUGCUUUUGUACAAACUUCAACCUACACUGUUACAAUUAUACAAACAAUCUCAAGAUAUUGCUUCCAUUUAUUAUCUAUAAUCCUCAUUCAAUUUAACCUAGUUAGUGUUAUUUAAUUAGUAAACCCUUAAUUCAAGGAUUUACCUGCAGCAACUUAAGCACCUGUACAUGUUUGGGCACAGAGGGGAAAAGUAUUGGGCGUAACUAGACAGUUCUGAGGGUGUAAAUAUAACCACCCAAAUAUAUGAUUUCUAUUUAAAAAAUUAUGUUUUAUAAUAUCAGUACAGUUAUUGUAGUUUAUAACUUUUUAUUUAAUGUAUGUGAUUAAUAACAAUUAUAUGGUGAUAAUA